CUCCACUAUUCACAUUAGAAAGGAUUACCAAAAGAAAAAAAAAUAGGGGUCUAAGCGUGAUACCUCAUGCCUCUCUCAGCCUCAAUCGACCGAAACAUGAGCAUUAAGAGCUCGUUCUAAUAAUAUGGCCGUCACUCAGCAUGAGUCUCGUGCCGCUUCCUUCUGAAAGGUCCACCAGCAGCGCGCUAUUUCUUUCCUUCCUCCAGACCAUGCUGGCUGAAAAGGUCCGGCAAUCACAAGAUGGCGCGGGUUUUAUUCCAUAGAGAGAACCGUAUAGUCCCUCUGGGGAUUAUGCUGUUUGUCCUGUUCCUAUUCUUCUACCAUUUGGAUCUGGAACACACCGAGCCGUCGAUUAACGGCCUUCCUGAUCUUCCUAAAGAUCUCUCUUCCCGGCAAUCACCACUCAGAGAGCAAUCGAAGCAACAGCCACUGCCCUCUGCCCAACCUUCUCCCUCUGCUGUCCCUGUAGCCGCUCAGGUUCCAACUUCUGACGACCGGAAACCCGCCCAGCAGCAGCAACAACAACAACAGCGCCCAAAAGAACAACCAAAAGAGCAACCGAAGCAACCGGGACAGUUAAGCCCAGACGAUGUUGUCCUGCUCUUCAAAACCGGCGCCUCCGUGCUCUGGAGACGCCUACCCAUCCACCUAUCCACAACCUUCGCGCCAAGCCGUAUCUCCGCCAACAACAUCCUCAUAUACUCCGACUACCCCGAAACAAUCGGCCCCUGGCAGGUAAUCGACGUCCUCGAAAACUCAACCGAAACAGUCCGCCAAUCCGACAACUACGAACCCUACCGCGCCCAAGCAGACCACGAAGCGCGCCAAGUCUACGCCGAAGCGGCCAACGUAGAGGGCGACGGCAACGGUCCCGCCGGCGGCUGGAAACUCGACAAGUACAAAUUCCUGCCCCUAAUCCAGCACGCGGGGCGCGCCAAGCCCGACGCAAAAUGGUACAUCUACCUCGAGGACGACGGGUACAUCUUCCUCCCCAACCUGCUCCUGCACCUGGAGAAGUUCUCGUCGCAGGAGCCGUGGUACUUCGGCGGGCUGGCGUGGAAGCACGGCGACUAUUUCGCGCACGGCGGCGCGGGGUUUGUGCUUUCGCGGGGCGCGUGGGAGCAGAGCUUCGGGAAGGAGGAGGAUAUGGUGGGCAAGUAUGCGGCGUUUACGGAGGCGCAUGGGUGCGGGGACCAUGUGCUGGGGCAUGUUAUGCAGGACUACGGGAUUAAUUUCGGGCAGACGCAUGGGAAGUCGGAGUAUUCAUGGGGGUUUAACCCCGAGCCGCACUGGGGGGGUUGGUUCCGGCGGGCGAGCUGGUGUCAUCCCGUUUACAGUUGGCAUCAUAUGCACAGUAAGGAUGUAGCGCGGCUGUAUAAUCUGGAGCUGAGCUGGGAUUAUGCCAAGAAGGGCCAGAUGAGGUUUCGCGAUUUCUUCAAGGCGAUGGUCGAGCCGUAUAUGCGUCGUCGGGUGGAAUGGUGGGACAAUCAGUCCUCGAGGUACGAGCUCCGGUCGGACAAUGUCGCCGACGCGCAGCCACCCGAGAAAGUGCCCAAGGAGAUCUGGCACAAGGCUUGGGAGUCGGUGGAUGCCUGCGAGGCUGCCUGCGUGGCUUGGGAGAAUUGUGUCCAGUGGACUUUUUACGAGGACCAGUGCCGCAUGGAUGAGAAUCUUCUGCUCGGCAUGGGUAUCCCCGUCGGUGAUAACCGCCGGCAGACUUCACUGCCUAGAACAAGCGGGUGGCUGCCUCAGCGUACGGAGAAGUGGGUCUGUGACGCUUAGCUUUAGUUCACUUUAUUUGUUUGCGUUUCGUAUAGAUUAAUGGGAGAUCUUCGGACAUUAAAUGUACAGGUGUUGGAUAGCAAGUCCACUGUCCGAAAGGAGACAGGAAGUCUUAGUUGUAUACUAUUCUCAUGCCGAUUCGCUCCUUAGACCGCAUUCCAGUUGCGGGAGCGUGGUCUCGACUUCUCCAUGCCGUAGAUGUUACUCGCUGACCGACAAGCCGCACAUACAUUGAC